CACACACGCACGCACGCACACAGGCAUUAUGCUGAUGGCUCAUCGUGGGCUGUGCGCGGUUUUUUCAUGUCCUGCCUGAGAACAUGGUGAGCUAUGAAGAGGAAUUAAAAGCUGUGGAAUAACACAGUCAGCGCAUCAUGUAAGACCGCUUAAACAAUUUUCAUAAUCUCUCUUAUAAGAUGUCUUCAUACUUUAGCCUCUUUAUAUUUUUAUACGUACUUAAUAUCUCUGACAAAUCAUUCGGUGAAAUGUUCACUUCGAUGAUGAGCGUGAAUGAAGCUGUUUCCGCAGAAAGACAACUAAUCGAUCAUUUAAGAAUAUACAUAGAACUGGAAAUACAAAGACUUGACGAUCUUAAAAGGUUCUUUUCAAGAGUCAAAUCAUUACACAGUGGGGUAUACAGUGAGCCAUCAGCUACCAUAGCUAAUCCAAUUAUUGCAUUCAAACUGGUCAAAAGACUUAAGUCUGAAUGGUUGAAUGUUGUCCAUAGCAAUGAAGCCGAAGAAAACAUCAAAGCUCUCAGGGAGGGCUACAGGAGGAUGGAAGGCAGCUUACCCAAGCUGGAGGACCUUCAGGGGGCAGCACAGGGGCUGAUGAGACUUCAGGAUGUGUAUGAUCUGCGUGUGGAGGGGCUUGUGCAAGGGCACUUCCAGCAAAUCACAAAUGGAAAUGCUGUUGAUGUCUAUAAGCCCCCUGUGUCUGAUACACUCUCUGGGGAUGAUUGCUUCCUUAUUGGAAAGGUCGCCUAUGAUUUGGAAGAUUACUACCAUUCUGUGCAGUGGUUUGAGGAGGCAGUUCGUCUCUUUCGAGGAACAGAAUGGAGUCCAGAAAAUGAAGGCACACUUGAAGAUGCCCUAGACCAUUUAGCUUUCUCUCAUUUCAAGACUGGAAACAUAUCAUACGCCCUCAGUCUCUCUCAGGAACUAUUGCUUCAUGAUCCUACGAACAGAAGGGUACAUUUCAAUGUGGAGAAGUAUGAGAAGCUCCUUGAUGAAAGGCCGCCUGUUACUAACCAAAGCUUGGCUUUGAAAAGGCCUGCCACCACUUAUCUGAGAACCAGGAAUGUCUAUGAGAAGCUCUGCCAAACAAAAGGAUCUCAGCCAAAACAUUUUGAGAACCCCAGGUUGUUCUGUGACUAUUUCACCAAUGGCAACCCUGGUUUACUUCUGCAACCAAUUAAACGAGAGCUAAUCAGCCUGCACCCAUAUGUUGUGCUCUUCCAUGGUUUUGUCACCCGACCUGAAGCUAAAAGCAUCAGAGAAUAUGCCGUGCCAGGGCUUAGAAGAUCAGUGGUGGCAUCAGGAGUAAAUCAGGCCACUGCAGAAUAUCGCAUCAGCAAAAGUGCAUGGCUUAAAGAGUCGGCCCAUGAGGUUGUGGGCAAGGUGGAUCGACGUAUCACUAUGGUCACUGGGUUGAAUGUGCAGCCUCCUUAUGCUGAAUAUCUCCAAGUUGUAAAUUAUGGCAUUGGAGGACACUAUGAACCUCAUUUUGAUCAUGCCACAUCUGAUUCGAGUCCAUUGUACAGGCUAAAAACUGGAAAUCGAGUGGCUACAUUCAUGAUAUAUUUGAGCUCUGUGGAAGCAGGAGGAUUCACAGCCUUUAUUUAUGCUAACUUCAGUGUUCCUGUAGUGGAGAAUGGUGCUCUCUUCUGGUGGAAUCUUCAUAGAAAUGGUCAAGGAAAUGGUGACACUCUUCAUGCUGGCUGCCCUGUCAUUGUUGGUGAUAAAUGGGGUAUGAUUGCUGUAUCACAUGGUGUCUUGUUUACCAAAAUAAGGAAAGAACUUUCAUUUGACAGACAGUCAUAUCCAAAGGAAUUUACAUUGCAUUCAAGUUGCCAAUAAGUGGGUUCAUGAGUAUGGACAAGAGUUCCGACAUCGUUGUAGCCUUAAUCCUGAGGAGUGAAGGAAGCAUGAUACCAUUUAAAGUACAAGAGUCGCCCCCCUUAAAGUGGCAAUGAUAGCAAGUGAUGAAGUGAAAGACUGAGAAUGAAGGGGUAAAGCAUUUGAGAGCUAAAAUUAUCUGCCUUCAUAUAUGAUUUGAGUUCCCAGCAUUGGGAAGAGAGGCACAUGGAUAAUUUUCAUGGAUGUUUGAAGGGCACAUGAAAUAGAGAGAGAUUUCAACUGUGUGUGUUUGUGUGUGGGUUAGGGAAUGGUUUGGUAUGCAGCCCACAGGGCAAGCUGACCUCUUGUUCCUGCUUCCAAAGAUAAACACCAAAACAAUUGAAAAUACAGCUGUUUACAUGAGUACCUGAUGAUGAUUUGUUUUGAUGAGUAGUUUGUGGUAACAUCUUUUCUGUUCUGACAGCAAACACUAUAUACAUAUUUUUAUAAUUAAUUACAAUACACAUUGAAAUAGGAUAAUGAUUUGCCCACUUGGAUGUUUGUUAGCUUUUAAAUCUGGUGCAACUGUACAUUGUUUAUGGUUGCAAAGCAACUUCCAAAAACGUUCCAUGUUGUAAACAUAAAUAAAUAAUAAAAUGAGAUUAACCUUU